CUGUCUGUCCUCUAAGCACCGAGGUCCCUCCCUCUGCACAGCCAGUGCCAGAGGCAGAGACGCCAUGACCCCCACCCUCACGACCCUGCUUCUCCUCGGUCUGAGUGUGGGCCCCAGGACCCGAGCGCAGGCAGGGACCCUCCCCAAACCCUCCAUCUGGGCUGAGCCAGGCUCUGUGGUCCCCCGGGGUAGUGCUGUGACCAUUUGGUGUCAGGGAAUCCUGGAGGCCCAAGUGUUCUUUCUGGAUAAAGAGGAACACUCAGGGUUCUGGGAUGUUCAUUUCCCAAAGAAGCCUGGGAACACGGCCAAGUUCUCCAUCACACACAUGACAGAUAGACCUGCAGGACGGUAUCACUGUUACUAUCGGAGCCCCGCUGGCUUGUCAGAGCGCAGUGACCCCCUGGAGCUGGUGGUGACAGGAUUCCAUGGCAAACCCACUCUCUCAGCCCUGCCCAGCCCCGUCGUGACCUCAGGAGGGAAGGUGACCCUCCAGUGUGCCUCAUGGGAGAAAUUUGACAGGUUUGUCCUGAGGAAGGAAGGAGAACCCAGGCCCUCGUCGACCCUCGACUCCCAGCGACCCACCAGUGGGCAGUUCCAGGCCCUGUUUCCUGUGGGCCCCAUGACCCCCAACGUCAGGUGGACAUUCAGAUGCUAUGGCUAUUUCAGCAAAACCCCUCAGAUGUGGUCCUACCCCAGUAAGCCCCUGGAGCUCCUGGUCUCAGGAACUUCUGGGGGCCCCAGCCCCCCACCCACAGGACCUGGCUCCACAGAGAGUCUUGAAAAGUACCAGAAAAUUGCGAUCGGGGCCUCUGUGACCUUAAUCUUGCUGCUUGCCCUCCUCGUCCUCCUCCUCCUUCUCCGAUUCCGGCACCAGAAAAAAUGCUGCAUGUCAGGUGCUCUACAUCCUGAGGCUGAGACCAGAGCCCUGCAGAAAAGCUCCGACUCCGUGGCUCCUGUCCAGGAGGAGAAGCAGGAUGCUGAGGUGAGAGAGUCCCAACCUGAGAAAGACAGACAGAUGGACAGUCGGGCUGCGGCAUCUGAAGACCCCCAGGAUGUGACCUAUGCCCAGCUGAACAGCCUGAAUCUUGAACAGGAGACAAGGGCACCCCCUUCCUCACGGGCAGGGGAGCUGCCCGCAGAGCCCAUCAUGUAUGCCACUCUGGCCAGGAAGGACGCACACCCCACACUCCAGGGAGGGGACUGCAGGAACCCCAGGAUGCAGUGAGGCUGCCCCCAAGGACCCCUGCGCCUGGGGACCUCUCAUAUGGGAGCAGGAUAUCCUGGAGCUUCAGAAGUCAUCUAAUUCGCCAGAUGAAGAGAAAUACCAGCUCCAUAUUUUUAGAAAGAAAAGAAAACCCUUCUAAAUAACCAGUGGACGAGAGAAGCCAGCCACAGAUGAAGACAGGACUUCUUUUUUUUUUUUUUUUUUUUUACUCCCAUGACAAUGCAAAAAUUCUACAUCAAAGCAUAGUUUUACCUAAAUGGUAAUGUAAAUGCCGUAUGCCGAGACGAAAUGGGGAAAGUCAGUGCCUGAAUGCGGUUCGUGCCAAGAGAGGAGAGCCUGAAAGUCAACAACACAGGCAAUGUUCCAUGGGAGCUAGAGAAAGGAUAGCAAAUUCAUCCCAUGGCACUGGGUGAAAAUCAGAAGACCUUACGCUGAUCACAAAGAAUAAAAAAGAGAACAAUCAA